AUUGUCCUAAUACUUUAUGUAGGCGUGAGGAGACUGGAGCCAUCACUCUGAGUCGUCGUCACAUCUACGGUCACACCAGUAUGGCAAACUUAGUACCCGAAUAUUAUCUUGCUCCAACUUGGGAAAUUCCUCGACAUUGCUCGAUCAAGCUAAGCAACAUUAUCUCGUCCAUCAAGCAACCUCAGCGACCACUUGCGAACAUUCAUCCCCCUGACUACAUUACGACGAGCCACAAAACUUCGCUUACUUGUUGCAAACGUAAGAUGAGCUCCAAAGAUGUCUCGAUCAUCACAUCGUUCUUGAGCUUCAUGGGUGUGGGCACCGAUGCUGGGGCGAACAGAGGCAAAAGCAACAUGCAAAACCUUGGAUCCGACUAUUUUGACACUGCCCAAUCUGAACCAAUGGACAUGUAACUCCAAAAUUGCAUCAAAACUGACACGGUCCGCGCGUUCCUCGAUCACUCAACGAUCAUUCAA